AUGGAACACCAGGGCAUCAUAGAACGCGUCACGACCGCUCCCGACUGGAUAAGUGGGAUGUCAGCAGUCGCUAAAGGCCGAAACGACUUCCGCUUGGUCGUUAACAUGCGGGCUCCCAAUCGUGCAAUCAAGCGUGAGUACUAUCGCAUGCCGCUUUUGGACGAUAUGAAGAUCAAACUUCAUGGCUCCAAGUACUUUUCAAAGCUCGAUAUUUCAAAUGCUUUUUACCAUCUAGAGCUACACGAAAAUUCUAGGGAUUUAACAACAUUCCUAACGGAAACCGGAAUGUUCCGUUUCACGCGCCUCAUGUUUGGGGUCAAUUGCGCUCCUGAAAUUUUUCAGCGCGAAAUGUCCCGGAUCCUCGAGGAAGUUGAAAACAAAAUUGUAUUUAUUGACGACAUUCUUGCUUUCUCGGACAGCCUAGAAGAGCUGCACAAAACAGUCGCUCUUAUUCUUAGAAUCCUGCGAUCAAACAACCUCACUAUCAACGCUUCCAAAUGUGAGUACGACAAGACUCGAAUAAAGUUCCUGGGCCAUGAACUGGACGAGCAUGGAUUUCAUAUCGACGAAGCCAAAGUGGCAGCCAUCCGCAAGUUCAGGAAACCAUCCACUGUUUCGGAGCUUCGAAGUUUUCUCGGUCUUGCUUCUUAUGUCAGCCCGUACAUUCGUAACUUCGCUGACACCGCGAGCCCUUUGUGGGCAAUCAUUAGCUCUCCUUCGUGGAUAUGGGGCGACGCCCAAACAAAAGCAUUCGAAUUGUUAAAGGACCAGAUUUCAAACUGUACAGUUUCACUCGGUUACUUUUCCGAAAAAGCGAAAACAAUCCUGUACACCGACGCUUCCCCGAGCGCCCUUGGAGCGGUCCUAGUACAGGAAGAUGCGAUACAACAACCCCCACGAGUCAUUUACUUCGCAUCCAAGGCACUCACCGAUACCGAGAAACGAUAUCCCCAAAAUCAGCGAGAAGCUCUGGGAGCAGUGUGGGCGGUUGAGCAUUUCGCAUAUUUUUUACUAGGACGACAAUUUACUCUCCGCACUGACGCACAGGGGUUCACAUUCAUGUUGAACAGAUCCCGCGAAGCUUCCAAACGGGCCCUUACACGUGCAGACGGUUGGGCACUCAGGCUUAGUCCUUACAAUUUUAACGUAGAAUACGUUCGAGGCCAGGAUAACAUCGCGGACCCGUCAUCUCGGUUAUACGAAGGUCAGGAUGAACCUUUUGAAGAAAACACUAGCCCUUGGGAGAUUGCCACCCUAGAAGCAAAUUCUAUAAAAUUCAUUACCGAAGACGAGAUAAGGAAAGCCACUGCGUCUGAUAAGCUCCUCGUCGAGGUGAUGGACGCACUCGAGACAGGAAUUUGGCCAAAGCACCUAAAAAAAUACGAAGUUUUAGGCAGUGAAUUAUCAGCUUUAGAUGGAAUACUGACAAAAACAGGUUGUGCCGUGAUCCCGGACUCACUGAGGAAAGCUACGCUAGAAGUAGCUCAUGAAGGCCAUCCCUCCUUAGCCAAAUUUAAAAGCAUCUUGAGACAACGAGUAUGGUGGCCAGGCAUGCCAAAAGACGCGGAGUCUUGGACAGACUCAUGUCGAAUUUGUGCGACCAACGGAAAGCCCGAAAAGACCACCCCGAUGCAGCGAACAUUUUCGCCAGACGCUGUAUGGGAAACGCUAGCUUUAGAUUUUAACGGCCCUUACCAAAAAUUCGGAGGGAUCUCUAUUCUCGUCAUUAUCGAUUACCGCUCAAGGUAUAUUUUUGCAAAACCCGUGAAGUCCACCAGCUUCCUAAAUACGCGUAAAGUUUUGGAUGAUGUUUUCGAGAAAGAGGGUUUCCCCAAAAACAUCAAAUCCGAUAAUGGGCCCCCGUUCAACAGCGAUGAUUAUCAACAAUAUUGCAAGGAGCGUGGGAUUAACGUUUUAUAUUCGACACCAUUAUACCCUCAGCAAAACGGUCUAGCCGAAAGUUGCAUGAAGCUGGUGAACAAAGCAAUGGCAGCAGCUCAUGCAAAUGGAAGCAAUUAUGUUGACGAAUUAAACGCUGCCGUGAAAGCCUACAAUGCAGCCUUUCAUUCCGUCACAAAAGUGCCACCGGAAGAGGUCAUGACGGGAAGGAAAAUAAAACGAAACCUCCCACUGCUUCGUCGCGGGAGAGCGAUAAUAGACGAUGAACUGUUGAACGCGAGAGACCGCGAAUCAAAGAUUAAAUCUAAAGAACGCGAAGAUUUAAAACGCGGGGCACGUACAUGUCGUGUUCAGCCCGGAGACAUGGUAAUAGUUGAACGGAAUAUAAGAAUGAAAGGCGACUCACGGUUUGAUCCUCGGAAAUUCACUGUUGUAAAAGAGAACAACGGUAAUCUCUUGUUGAACGAUGAACAUGGGCAGCUUUUGAAACGGCACGUUUCUCAGACCAAAAAAGUCCACAAUUGGAGGGAAAGUCUUGAACCAGCCGGUAGCAUCAAACGCCAGCACAACACCAAAGCAGAGCAGCUUCAAACAUCAGGACCAAUCUCACCAACCGAUAUCGUUCGCCGAUCAACACGAGUGAAACAUUCUCCGGUUUUCCUUAAGGGGGGGCAAAGUAUGACUUUGAAGUUUACCUGCCUCAACACCAACAAAUCCACCCCCGAAGAAGUCAUAGGGGUCAAGUGUUAA